CAAAACUUUAAGCCCAUGGAGACCGUGGCAUAAUGGCGGAAAUGUUAUUUGUUGUGUGGGACAUUUUAAUAUAACAUAUUUCUUUAUUUUGAGUUGUUGUUUUGUUAUUUUUAGUGAUUGAAGAAAUUAUAAUUACAUUUAUUAAAAGUGUAGCUGUAUUUAUUGUGUUUGUAUUGGAUCCCAAAAGGAAAAACAACUAGAUUGAGCGACUGAUCUUGCAAGUGUGAUGAGCGCAAUGAGUGCUUCAUCUGGGCUCAUGCCUCUAAGUUUGAUAUCUGAACAUAAGGCUGCACAAGGAGGACCACCGCCGGUACAACCUUUGGCUCGUACUCCUGAAAAGCACUCGCUGGUUCAGGCUCCUAAACCUACGCCUAAUGGAAUGGAACCAUCGCCUCCCCUGAUUCCAUCUCUUCCACCUUCUCAGCCUGAACCUCAACCAAGCCUUCCCUAUGGUGGAAAGAGUGAAACUAUUUGUGAAGAAGACCGAAGUGGAGGAAGUGUUCCUGAAAUUCUGGUUCCUGCUGCUGAACCGGCACCUCCAUCAAUAGGAACCGUCCCAGAACAGCUAUCAGCUGUAGAAGCUGCCGAACUGCCCAUUGUUCCUGAAAUCCCUGUUGCAUUAAAUCAAGCACCGUCCUCGCCUACACCUGCUCCAACACUUCCUUCACAAGCACCAGUACCCACUCUUCCAUCAAAUGUUACAGUUCAACCAACUGAGGCCACAGAAGCCCGAAUAGAGGUAGAACAAGAAUCUUUGCCUCAGCCCGAGGCUGUUCCAUCUCCAGAACCUGCCCAAGUUCCAAUACCUGAUGUUAGUCCAAAGACCGAAGGUGCAGCAGAAGAAAAUCAGGAGUCCAAACCACCGCAAGAACCACAACCAUCUUCCACAACUGCUAGUGCCUCUUUGGAUCCUGCAGACGUCCCUGCAACAUCUCCAACACCAGCUCCAACUACUAGACAGCCUAAACGAACUAAGCAAAAUGCCAAUGUUGGGAAUAGUGAUAAAAAAGUUCCUGCUGCAAUAGAAGAAGAAGAAACAUCUGGUGAUGAUAAAAAAUCAACAAAAAGAAAGAGGCUUCCAACACAACCAUACCAGAGUCCAAUUCCUGAAUUAAAUUUAAUAGCCAAAAUUAGUAAAAUAGACAAAACAACUGUGCCUGGAGAUGAUAAACUGAUUGUGUUUUACAGAAACGAGUUUCUGGCUGUACGUAAUGCUGAAGGAGGGUUUUAUGUCUGCCAAGCCCUGCAAAAUGUGUAUAAAACUUCUAGUAAAAUACGGAUAAGAUGGCUUUCACAGGUCGCUAAUACUGAUCAUUAUUCACCAGAUUUCUAUGAUAAUACAGAAUUUGAUUGCAUAUUAACAAAUUUAAACCUCGAGAGAAUUGAUAAGAACAAAUUCCACCUGCCUGAUGUCGAAGCCCAACGAACUCAAAGUAUUUUGAAACGUGCCAUUGAUGUAGAAAAAGGAAUCGCUCCUCCUGAAGAAACCAGCAUAACUGAGGAGCAUCCAGAUGGACUAGAUCUGUCUCUUUAUCGCAAUGAAGAUCAACUGAAAAAAAGAAAACGAAGCAACAAAAACAAAGGAACAAAAAAGAAAGAAAAAAAAGGGAACAGUGAUAGUGCCCUUAAAAGAAGUAGGACCUCCAGCAGGAAGGUAGUAAAGGCUGAUAGUGAUUCGAAAAAAACAAGUGCUGUGACAGUGCAACAGAGGAGGUUAGGAAGGCCUGCGAAAGUAGAAAAACCAGUUGUACAACGUAUCGUAGCUGCUAAGAAAGUGGGUAGAAGAAAAUUAGCUGGAGCUGCUUCAGCAUCUGUGAAACCAGUCAAGAAAGAAACAAAACCAGCCGUAUCAGUAAAGAGGAAGAGUGAAUCUCAGCCUGUGCCAGUUCCGGAGAAGAAACUAAAAGCAGCAUCAAAAACAAGAAGUGGGGUAGCGGGGGGGCCUAGCGGACCCCAGCAGCGGGCGCGCCGCUCAACCACCAGGACCAAGUAGCAACAGCACCAACGGCCUCACCUAGUCGGUCGCUUCAAAAAUAGGAUUGUUAAAGUCUUUAAAGGGAUUUAUAUUUGAAUGAUAUGUUGAUCGAAUAUAUCAUUUUAGGUAAUAAUGAAAAAAAAAAAAAAAAAAAAAAAUGAAAGUACGAUAAUUGACAUUUAAAUAACAGUUUCAUAUUGUCUCUUUUAAGUAAGUUUUUCUAACAUAUUUGGUGUAUGUACAUAAUAUUAUGAUAUAUUUUGAUAAAUUUAUUCCCUGCACCUAAUGCACCUUUUCCCUGUAAAUGAUUAGUGUGUCGUUGAGAGGGGAGUUAAAAUGUGUACCUUCUCUAUUCGGCAAAUUAUUUUAUUUUGUGUAUUUAAUUAUGCUUUUUUGUUUUAUUUAAGUUGAAAUUUAGUUUUAAUGUGUGAUUUUGCAUAAGUAUGAAAGAGAAAAUAUAUAAUAAAACAAAGAAAUUAUUUAGAAACUAUUAUUAAAAUAAUAUAUUAGUUGUAGUGUUUAAUGAGAGUUUUUUUAUUUCUAGACAAAAUUUUCUAUAUUAUGUUUUCUUAUAUACUAUUGUACCUUAUUGUAUGUUUCAUUUAUUAAGAAAAUAAUGCUGGAGUUAUUUAGGUAUUGUAUGAUAUAUUAAUUACAUGUUUGUUGUCUGUGGUGAGAUAUUCUUCCUUAACAUAAGGAAGUACCUCACCGGGUUCCAGCUUUCUUGGCCAUAGGGAAAAAACAAUCUAGAAUGUACAGAUAGAUCUACAUUUAAUUAUUACUAUUUUAUGUUAUUACCCUAAGUAUUAUAGUGUCUCUUGAUUUGAUUCAUAUAUGUUAUUGACCUUUUUACAACUGGCAUUGUGUGAAUGAAAUCGAAAUAAAUUAAAUACUGCUAACCUUUUUAUAUUCUGACUUAAAAUUUAUAUGAUCGUUUUGUUUUAAUUAUUUAUUUGGGAGUCCUUGUAAAAUUAUAUUGAUAUAAGAUUUAUAUUGUAUAAGAGUAUGUGGGAUAUGAAGUUUUUAAUUCUACUGAUUUCAUUAUGUUUUGUAUGUAUAUUACAUUGAAUCGUUAUAGGAACUUUGCAAUGGGAUUUAAAUACUGAAUAUUAUCAUGUUACUCUUUCAAUGGGAAAAAUGUACUAAUAAUUAUUUUUAAAAAUUAGAUUCUUUGUAAUUUAUACAUACAUAUAUUAAUAAAGCAUUAAAUCACUACAUGUUUAUAUGUAUGUACUAUACAUAUUAUAUAUAAAUUACAUAUAGAUUUAUCAGAAGUACAAAAUAUAUACAUGUGAAUAUAUAUAGUGAAACAGUGGAAAUGUUUUCAGGCUCAUAAUUUAGUUUUAUAUGUUUGGAAAAUUUUAUCAUUACUUUAUCAAUGUACAGUUAUAAUUAAAGUCUACGAAGAAAAAGAAUUGUUAGCCCAAAACAGUAUCUUUUGUUCCCAUCUCAUCACUGUAAAAGAAUAUAAUUUGUUGU